UAUGACAUCAUAGGUUCCAUUGUUACGUGCGAUAUUUUAAAUCAAAAUGGAAACUGACGAAGAAAUGAUAAUCGGCAGGUUUACGAAAAUGGAAAGAGCAGAACAAGACGAGUUAUUGAGAAAACUUUUAUUAAAAUGUAAACCCAGGCAGUUACAAAUGUUGUACGGAGAUACACGGCAACUAUUAGCGGUGGAUUUCGUCCCGUUUAUACCCCGUGAAAUCGUAGAUAGAAUAUUUUCGUAUCUUACCCCACAGGAGUUAUCAAGAGCCAGUUGCUGCAGCGGCCAAUGGAGGGAAAGAGCAAAUUCCAGCAGUUUGUGGAAAGCUUUAUGCAGAAGAAGAUCGUGGCUGCAUUUUGGUGAAGGUUCAUGCCAGCCACAAGAACUGUUUAGUUCUACGCCUGUCACAUUAGCCCCUAUGACAGUGCUAACUUCCCCCACAUUCACCCCUAUUAUAAACACGUGCAAGUAUAUGCCUCCCAUGUGCAAAUGGAAGGAUAUUUACAUAAGAGCGAACCAUUUGCAGAAGAACUGGGCCACCGGUAGAUAUGUGGUCAUGCCGCCAAUGAGAGGACAUAAAGAUCGUAUUUCCUGCGUCGAUUGCGCCGGGAAUAUUGUGGCUUCGGGCAGCGAUGACCACUUGGUGGUGUUAUGGGAUGUGAGCACUGGAGACAAACUGCAUGUCUUUAGUCACCAUAACGAUGCAGUUACGUGCGUUAAGAUAAAAAAUAAUUUAUUGUUGAGUGGGUGUGCUGACGGUGUUAUUCGGAUUUAUAACAUUAGUACUGGGAAGUGUCUUGGACAACUUUUAGACGAACAUCAAGCAAAAUCUGGAGUGAGAUUUCUAUGUUUCGAUGGCACAAAAGCAAUUAGCGGUCACGACGAUAAAACGGUUCGAAUUUGGGCAGUUUUGACGGGCAGAUGUUUGUAUGUGAUGACUGGGCAUACUGACGACAUUGCUAGCAUGGUUUGCUUUGGGAAAUAUGCAGUCACAACUUCAUGGGAUGAAACUGUUAAGGUCUGGGACACUGAGAGUGGUGUAUGCGCGCAUACAUUGAUAGGGCACACAGAGGUGGUGCAUUGCGCCCAUGCUAAUGACCAAUAUGUAGUAACGGGGGGAGGGGACAACGUGGUUAAGGUAUGGCUGAUGGGAAACGGCUUAUGCUCGCAGACCUUAGUCGGACAUACAGACGAUGUUUAUUGUGUUGGGUUUAACGCUGAAAUUAUCGCUUCUGGAUCUGCCGAUAGCUCUGUGAGAGAUAUGGAGCUGGUUAGGUGUAUGUUUGCAUACCAUGAAGGAACAUAUUGGGGUUGUGAGGUGCUUGGCUUUAAGAAGGGAGAUGCUGAUCACCAGUGGGGACCAGAAGAAGAUUAUAGUGUGGGACGCCGUGAAAGGGAAGCUACUAAAUGUAGUCCAUCGUAAUCCGAGCUUGGUUAAUAUCAUGGUAACUGAUGACGUGAAAUUAAUCGCGACGUCACCCGAAGCUCCCGGUGUGCUUACCAUUCUAUGUUACUGGUAAUGCUACUACUUGAGAACAAGAAUUUUACACUGGAGUGGCAGAACAGGAGUUAUAUGGCGCAUAACACACAAACUUUCCGAUCAGUUUUAAUAAAAAAAAAUGGCAGUUUAAUUAUAUAACACAAUUGUCUUAUUUUCAAAUAUUUCGAUUUAAGAAUCAAAAAAACUUUUUUAACUGAAAUGUUUGAAUUAAAGACUAUUGUGUUGUAUAUAUAGGCUGCAAUAUUCACGUUAAAACAGACAUUAAGAUUAAUUCUUUUAUUUUAUUUAAGGGCCAAAUAAAGCAGUCAUUCAGUUAUAAAAAUUAAUGAACAUUAUAUUUGAAAUAAUUGGCAGUAGCCAAACUAGCAAUUCGUAAAACAUAAUGUCACUUAAAUGUAGUAAGCCCAUUCUUGCUUAGUAUUUAUUCCAAUAGUAGAAGUUGUGCCAUUAAGUCCAUUUAUUAUGUUUUUAUACAGUCUUUGGUGCAAAUAGAACCAACAACCUGAACAAUUGUAUUUUAAAAGAUAAAUAUUUGCUGUGAAUGUGGUUCAAUUGAACUUGUUUUUGCGUUCAUGGGCGCCAAACCUUUUCAAACACAGGGGAGGCAGGGAUAGUUAGACACACAAUCCUGUGAAAUAAAUCUAACUUUUUGGUUGUAAUGUUUCCUGAUUAAUGCAGUGUAGAAAAUUCUACAGUAGCCCUGCCCACCCUGCUACCCCAGGUUUGGCGCCUAUGUUCGAUAAUUGUCAAAUUGUUUUUUUUACCCCUUUUUUCACCAAAAAUGUUCCGUCUUAUCCCUUCCUUAGAAAUGUGGCUGUUUAGAUAAUUCUCGUCUUCGAUUUUUUAUUCACAUUUUAAAUCUCAAGAAUUAUUUUGCUUUGUUGUGUAUGUCAGGGGUUAGUUAACUUUGCCCCGAGGUCAUUUCUAAAUCAUUUAUCAAGUCCCAUAAGACAUUAUUAGCAAUUAUAGCAUUAACUUAACUGUUAAUAUAGGUAAUGGGCCAAACCUGGCAUAAAUCGAAAGUCCUCAACGACCUCACACAUAGAGUGUCUCCCUCCCAUUUGUAUUGUGACUUGCAUAUGCUACUAGUAUUUAAUACAAAUUCUGGCCCAUAGUUCAACAACUGUUACCCCUGGUCUUCUACAUUCACAGAAAACAGAAAUAGCAUAAGGAAAAGGUUAUUGUGUUGUUGACAUUUACUUUAUAGCAAGCUUCCUAAAUCUUAAGUGUCAAUCAAACUUUAACCUUAUUAAUAUUAUAUUUCUAUGUUUCGUGUUUCUUAUAUUAUUUCUAUUUGCUCUCAACUUUAAAAGAGUCGGCAAAAGUUUUGUUCGUUUUAAUUUUUACCAGGGCUGGUUUGAAAGGCCAGAACAACUUUUUUUACAAAAAUGGGUGCCUAAACCCCCCUGAUCUCCCCCUGAGUACGCCCCUGGUCCCAACCAAGCCCUGACUUAACCCUAGAUAGUCUGCUGUGUUUGUAUUUUCACUGUGGUUAUGAUUUUAGA